AUGUACAGCUCUUGUUUCAAGAUCAUGAUUGGAUACACCUUGCAUUGCGAAGCGAUGAAGGUCACUCAACUUUGGUAUUAUCCCAUCAAGGGCAUCCAAGGCAUACAAGUCCAGUCGGCGAGAUUAGGACCACAAGGCCUUCAACAUGACCGUCGUUUCAUGCUCUGCAAGAUCGAAAAGUCGGGCGAACUUAGGAAACUACAGCUGUCCGAACAUCCGGAAUGCAGUCUAUUUCAGCCAGAAGUCAUUGGCGAUAAGAUGCGAGUCAAGUACUUGACCCCGAAAGAGCCUUUGGUACCGUGGAAACCAGAACAAGACACUGUUCUUGAAAUACCGAUUGAGCCAAAACUCAAAGAUCUUGCUAAAGCCGACAUCAACCUCCACCAAAGCCUUGUCGUUGCGUACCGUAUGGGUUCCGAAUAUGACGCCUGGUUCACUGCUUGCUUUGGCUUUGACACGGCACUCGUUUACAUCGGUGAUGGCCGACGCCCUGUGCUAGGUACAUUCUCUCCCAAGUCGCAAAACGCCCCUCCAUCAUGGACCUCAUCACUUGUCAGCUACCUUUCCGGGAAGAAGCUAUCAUCCGCUGAAGAAGACUGGAUCACAUUUUCAGAUUGUGCACCGUAUCUCGUCGUCACGGAGGAGUCUCUCAAGAACGUCAGAGACCGGCUAUCAACAUCCGACGUGGACAUGACAGCCAUGCGACCCAAUAUUGUCUUGGAUGGCGAGACUGCUUGGGACGAGGACUUUUGGGCGCAGCUGGUUGUCAAUGGUGCUCACGUUAUCGCCCUCACUAAGAACUGUAACCGGUGUACUUCGCUCAACGUUGAUUACGAAACUGGCCGCACCGCUGAGGGCGAGCGUGGCACGGUACUCAAAAAGCUCAUGUCCGACCGAAGGGUUGACACUGGAAUGAAAUACUCUCCAGUUUUCGGCAGAUACGGUUUUCUUACCAGCAAGCCUGACAAUGCCACUGUGUCUAUUGGCGACAAGGUAGAAGCAACGGCGCGACAAACCGAGCGCGCCGUCUGCGAUUGGCCUUCGCGCGAUCCCAAGUUUGCCAGAUACUACCAAAAGUCCUCUGACGCAAACACAAACUUGUCUAUAGUCCUUUCGUUCUGGCUGAUGGCUGCGGCCGUGCUGGGAUUGCUACCCUGCUGGCUCUUCUUCUCUUGA